GAAACGGAAGCUUUGUUCUUUUUCCGUUCUGUUCGGUGCUCGCUCCUGUGCUGACACCAGAGCCGAGCGCCCGUCGCCAUGCCUCGGAAAAUUGAGGAAAUCAAGGACUUUCUACUCACAGCCCGGCGGAAGGAUGCCAAAUCUGUCAAGAUCAAGAAAAACAAGGAUAAUGUAAAGUUCAAGGUCCGCUGUAGCAGGUACCUCUACACCCUGGUUAUCACAGACAAGGAGAAGGUGGAGAAGCUGAAGCAGUCCCUGCCCCCAGGUUUGGCAGUGAAGGAGCUGAAAUGAACAGGACCUCUGCAUGUGACUAUUAAAAACCCCGAAAAGUCAAAAAAAAAAACUGAAUUUUAGAGAUGCAGUCUGAAAUAUUAAGAAUGACAUUAAAUGGCUUCUUGACCUUUUGACCUUUUGGUCAACAGGAAA